AAUGAGGAGCGAGCCGGGUGGCGGGCUGAGAGGCGUGCUUCAUGCUCGCGGGAUUUUUAAAAAUGGUUUUGCUAGGACCAUAGCCCACCUGCGCCUGAGACUUUGUUUCACCUCCUAAUGUCCUGGGUGUGGUUAGGCCUCGAGCCGGGAGCCAUUUGCCUCCCAGGAGGAAGCCAGGGCAGGGUUCCGCGGGGAAUGGCGGUGAGGGAGCCACUCGGGACGAGGAGGCCCCGAAAUCAAAAAGCUUCAGCCAGAGGCUUCGGGAGCGGCGGGCAGGGAAGUGGGAGUGUGUGUGUGUGUGUGAGUGUGUGUAUGUGUGAAUGUGUGUGUGAAUGAGUGAGAGGCUGUCUGGUGGGGCCCCGCCAUCGCCCAGUGACUGAGAUCAUUGUCUUCGUCUGUGGUUGUAAUGCGAACAACCUCUUUCCCAUAGCUGUGAUGCAUGCGGGGUUGACGCGGCCGGGCUCUGUCCCCUUAAACUGUGACACAGGUGUGUGUGGACGUCUAUGAGGGCCAUAGCGCCGGGCUGUAAGGGUAUGUGUAGGGGUGACACAGCCGGGCUGUGUCUCUGCACCUCCGCUCUGUGCGAGGUCAAUGCUGGUGGGUUCUGCAGGGGUGACACGGCCCCGACGGGUCUCCGUGUCUCUGAAAUGUGCCUUUGCACUUCUGUCGGGUUGACUGGGACGGGCAGUGUCCCUCUGGUGUGAGCGUCUGUGGGUGUGAAAGGACCAGCGAGUGUGCAGCUGUGACGGGUUAGGAUCGGGCCUGGAUGUGUGGCCUUUUGAGUGAGCACAGGUGUGUGCGACCGUGUCACCUUUCUAGUGUCUCUGUGGCUUCCUGUGCCUUCGCCUUGCAGCCACGUGGUACCUGCUAGGGAGCAGUGGUUCCAAAGUGACGUGAGAGCCUCGACACUGUUGUGAAAAUGACCAAGAAGAAGACUUCACAAGUAGUCACAAGGUGACAGUUUUGGAACCAGAAGUGCUCUCCAUGCACACUAUCUGGACGACAAGAGGAAGUAACCUCGGGAAUAGAAUUCCUUUUGGGGAAGAAAGAGCAGGCCUUCAGGAAAAGCAUCCCGGAGGAGGAAGAAGAACUGUAUCGGUCCUAAAGUCAAGUUUCAGGCCAGCAUCCUUCAGGAAAAGCAUCCCCGAGGAGGAAGACGAAUCGUUAAACAUCUUAAAGGGUCAGGCCAGCAUCCUUCAGGAAAAGCACCCCCGAGGAGGAAGAGCAAUCGUUAAACAUCUUAAAGGGUCAGCUCUAGCCUCUCAGAGUUUGUCUUCUUCAGUGGAAACCCCAAGAGGACUGAUCAGUUCUUCAAUUCUAAAACAAUGGCCCAGGGUUUGGUGACAUUCGCCGAUGUAGCCAUAGACUUUUCUCAGGAGGAGUGGGCCUGCCUGAACUCUGCUCAGAGGGACCUGUACUGGGAUGUGAUGCUGGAGAACUACAGUAACUUGGUCUCACUGGAUUUGGAGUCAGCAUAUGAGAAUAAGGGUUUACCUACAGAAAAGAACAUUCAUGAAAUAAGGGCUUCCAAAAGGAAUUCAGAUAGAAGAAGUAAAUCCCUUGGCCGUAACUGGAUAUGUGAAGGUACGCUUGAAAGACCGCAGCGCUCGAGAGGGAGGUAUGUCAAUCAAAUGAUCAUCAAUUAUGUAAAAAGGCCUGCUACUAGAGAAGGUACCCCUCCUAGACCACAUCAGAGACAUCAUAAGGAGAAUUCCUUUGAAUGUAAGGAGUGUGGGAAGGCCUUUAGUCGUGGCUAUCAACUUAGUCAACAUCAGAAAAUCCAUACUGGCGAGAAACCUUACGAAUGUAAAGAAUGUAAGAAGGCCUUCCGUUGGGGCAAUCAGCUUACUCAACAUCAAAAAAUUCAUACGGGGGAGAAGCCGUACGAGUGUAAGGACUGUGGGAAGGCUUUUCGAUGGGGCUCAAGCCUCGUCAUUCAUAAGAGAAUUCAUACCGGUGAAAAACCCUAUGAAUGUAAAGACUGUGGAAAGGCCUUUCGACGUGGUGAUGAGCUCACUCAGCACCAGAGAUUCCACACUGGGGAGAAGGACUACGAAUGCAAAGACUGUGGGAAGACCUUCAGCCGUGUGUAUAAACUGAUUCAGCACAAGAGAAUUCAUAGUGGGGAGAAGCCUUACGAGUGUAAAGACUGUGGGAAGGCCUUCAUUUGUGGUUCGAGCCUCAUUCAGCAUAAGAGAAUUCACACAGGUGAGAAACCCUAUGAAUGUCAAGAGUGCGGGAAGGCCUUCACUCGAGUCAAUUACCUCACUCAGCAUCAGAAGAUCCACACCGGUGAGAAGCCUCACGAAUGUAAGGAAUGUGGGAAGGCCUUUCGCUGGGGUUCGAGCCUCGUUAAGCACGAGAGGAUACACACGGGCGAGAAGCCGUACAAAUGCACAGAGUGUGGGAAGGCCUUCAACUGCGGCUACCACCUCACUCAGCACGAGAGAAUCCACACGGGCGAGACCCCGUACAAAUGCAAGGAGUGUGGGAAGGCUUUCAUUUAUGGGUCCAGCCUUGUGAAACACGAGAGAAUUCAUACCGGGGUGAAACCCUACGGGUGUACAGAAUGUGGGAAGAGCUUUAGUCACGGCCAUCAGCUUACACAACAUCAGAAAACGCACAGUGGGGCGAAAUCCUACGAAUGUAAGGAAUGCGGGAAGGCAUGUACCCACCCAAACCAUCUCCGAGAACAUCAGAGGAUCCACAACAGUUGAAGAGCCUCCUGAACACCGUAGCCCGCUUGUAUCUGUGGUUUCGCUUUCCACAGUUGGUUAUCUGCAGUCUACUGCAGUUCAAAAAUAUUAAGUGGAAAAUUCCAGAAACAACAAAUGCGUAAGACGCAAAUGGUGUGCCCUUCCGAGUAGCGUGAUGAAAUCUCUCUGUCCGGCUCCAACCGGCCAGGGCUGUGAAUCGUCCCUUGGUCCAGCACAGUCACGCUGUCUACGCUACCCACCCUGCUCGUCACUUAGUAGCCGUCUUGGUGAUCAGACUGACUGUCAUAGCAUCACAGUGCUUGUGCUCAAGCAGUCCCUACUUUGCUUAACAGUGGCCCCAGAGAGCAAGAGUAGUGAUGCCAGUGAUUCGGAUAUGCCAAAGAGAAGCCACAAAGCGCUUCCUUUUAAGUGAAAUGGUGAAAGUUCUCAAUAAGGAAAAAGAAAAAAAUCAUAUACUGAGGUUGCUAAGAUCUACAUGACAAUAAGAUAUUUUGGGAGAGAGAGAUACCUACGUUCAUGUAAAUUUAUUACAGUAUAUUGUUAUAGUUGUUCUAUUUUGUUAGUUAUUGUUGGUAAUCUCUUACUGUGCCUAAUUUAUAAAUCAAACUUUAGAUACGUAUGUACAGGAAAAAAUGUAGUAUAUAGUAUCGUAUAUAUGUACAGGAAAAAAACAGUACUAUCUGUGGUUUCAGGUAUCCACUGGGGGUCUUGGAACGUAGUCCCCUCAGGUGAGAGGGGACUGCUGUACAAAGAAUGUAGGAAGCCCUCUAGACUACAUCCAUUCCUUCCUCAACACGAGGAAAAAUCAUGGUACAGUUUAACAUAAGAAAGCCUUCACUGAUCACUCUUUUUUUUUUUUUUUUUUGAGACAGAGUCUCACUCUUGCCCAGGCUGGAGUGCACCACCACGCCUGGCUAAUUUUUCUAUUUUCAGUAGAGACAGGUUUCACCAUGUUGUCCAGGCUGGUCUUGAACUCCUGACCUCAGGUGAUCCACCUGCCUUGCCCUCCCAAAGUGCUAGGAUUACAGGCAUGAGCCACUACAUCCAGCCCACUGAUCACUCUUCUGCUUACAGAAUAUCAGAAGUCAUUCUAGAGGCAAAUUUGAAUUGUGGAAAUAUCACUUUUUCUUAAUGAUUGUUUUUGGUGUAGACGUUUUUAUUGUGUAGGUUAGUUUAAUGAAUACAUAAAGACCACCAAUACCAUUCUGUCUUUAUUCCGUGGCAUCUGUGGAAUAACCCUGCUAAUGUAACAUGUGAGAAAGCCUUUCGUCAUGGCACCCACUCUAUCAGUUGUCCCCACCAUCCCUCGCCCUCCUCCCUGUGAGACUACUGGGCCAAAGGCUCACUGCCCCUGUGCAUUGUCCGGCACACAGACACUCUUGUGCAUUAUUUGUACAUAAGGAUAGUCACAUCUACCUGAGACUGCUAUUGUGGAAAUUAAAUGUUUGGUACAUGUAAAGUCUUUGAAAGUGUAACUGGAAUAUUGUAUAAGUUCAAUAAAUAUUAACUGUUGUUUUUAUGUUCAUUACUACCAUUUGUGUUGCCAUUAGUGAAUUUUUACAAGAAAACCCCCUGUGGGUGCAGUGAGUCUGGAAAAGACCAUUGAGCCUUCUAGAAGAAAACAUUACGAGAUUAUUGUCACAACCGUGGGUUACGCAAUGAUUUCUUAGUACACAAAACACAGCAAACAUAAAACGUUGUUACACUUCAUCGAAAGUACAAAGUUCUGUUCAUCAAAUGAUGCUGGUAAGAUAGGGGAAAGACAAGAAACAGGACUGGAAGAAGAUAUUUGCUCUACAGUACACCUGACAAAGGAAGUCUCGUAGAAAAUACAAAGAAUCCCUCAAGUUGAAAAAACAAAAAAAUCAAUUUAAAGGGGAGAAAACUUAAGCACGUCUCAACAGAAGAUCACCAAAUGGCCAAUAAAUAAGUGAAAGUGUAUUCAAUGUCAUUGCUCCUCAAGGAACUGUAGAGUAAAACUACAAUGUGCCGCCACUCUAGACAGUUACCAGGAUGAUUAGAUUAAAAUCACAGUAACAAGGUCGGUUUCUGAUGUCUCACCACAAAGAAGGAUAAGGGAGCGAGGUGAUGGAUAUGUUAAUUAGCUUGAUUUAAUCAUUCCACAUUGUAUACAUGUAUCAGAACGUCACCUUGUACUCCAUCAAUAUAAUGCAAUUAUUAUUUGUCAAAUAUUAAUAAAGAAAAUCAAAGAUGAGC